ACCAAGUAUAAAUAUGGAACUUACACUAAUACUUCAUCUCAGGGAAUAUUAAGAAUAAAUCCCACAUAGAACUGAACAAAAACACAGUUUUUCUCUCAAGCUUAUGGAAGUGAUGGUACAAAAUAUGGGAUGGGGAGUCAAAGAAGGAGGGUGGAGAAAGGGGCCUUGGACUGCAGAAGAAGACAAGUCGCUCAUCCGGUAUGUCAAAUUGCACGGUGAAGGAAAAUGGAACAAUGUAGCUAGGCUUGCAGGAUUGAAAAGGAAUGGGAAAAGCUGUAGAUUGAGAUGGGUAAACUACCUUAGGCCAGACCUGAAGAGGGGACAGAUAACCCCACAUGAAGAGUGUAUAAUUCUUGAGCUACAUGGUAGAUGGGGUAACAGGUGGUCAGCAAUUGCUAGAAGUCUACCAGGAAGAACUGACAAUGAAAUCAAGAAUUACUGGAGGACUCAUUUCAAGAAAAAUGCAAAAGUUUCUUCAGAAAAUCCUGAAAAAUUGCGAGCCCACCUUCUGAGAAGGGAGCGGCUUCAAUUACAACAGAAACAAAAACAAGAAGAAGAUCAAAUCAACAUGAAGAAAGUCGUAUCAUUUCUUGAUGAGAGUGAAACUAAAGUGCCAACUCUAGCUCAAAUGAAGCAAGAAAUCCUAUAUCAGCACGAGUCUGAUGAGCUUGGCUUUCUAUAUUCUAUGAUCAAUGGCUACCCAACCGGAUCUGAGGCCUCAAAUGAGGAUAUUUUAUGGGAUGGUCUGUGGAAUUUGGAUGAUUUUCAUGGAAAGAUAGCUAACCAGCAUACUUUGGUUGCAAAUUUCCAUUGAAUUCUUACUGACACCAGUUUGAAUAAUCUUUCAGUCUU